CAACCGGAAACGGCAAAGCGGAAACGAAUUAUUUGUUAGUCAGGGUUUCGCUCGGUAAAGACAAUCCAUCGAAGAGGCUUUGUUUUAGAGAUAUGAAAUCCUAAAGGCAACUCGAAAAUUAUUAUGGCGGAAGUAAAGAAACUUGAUGGCUAUGUGGGGUUUGCGAAUCUGCCUAAUCAAAUAUUUCGAAAGAGCGUAAAGAAAGGAUUUGAAUUUACCCUUAUGGUUGUCGGUGAAUCUGGUCUUGGAAAAUCAACUCUGUUAAACUCACUCUUUCUAACUGACCUCUACACAUCAGCAACAUUUCCAACAACAGAAGAAAAGCUUUCCAAAACAAUUGAGGUGCAAGCAUCAACAGUUACAUUGAAAGAAGGAGGUGUCACUUUAAGAUUAACUUGUGUUGACACACCAGGCUUUGGUGAUGCAGUUGAUAACACUGACUGCUGGAGUCCAAUAAACUCGUAUAUUGAAUCAAAAUUUGAAGAGUACCUAAAUGAAGAAUCGCGUGUAAACAGAUCGGCAAUUGUGGACAACAGAGUUCAUUGUUGUCUGUAUUUUAUAGCUCCAAAUGGACACUGCUUAAAACCUUUGGACAUUGAAUUUAUGAGAAGACUACAUGAUAAAGUGAACAUAGUACCAGUUAUUGCAAAGGCUGAUAGUCUGACAGCUGAAGAAUGUCAGAACUUCAAGAAACAAAUUCUAAACGAGAUUGGUGCUAAUAAAAUUGGAAUAUACCAGUUCCCAGAUCUUGGUGUGGAUGACGAGGAUUUUAAAGAUGUCAGCAUGACAGACAGAAUACCAUUCGCAGUUGUGGGCAGUAACACCGUAGUGGAAGUCGGUGGGAAGAAGUUAAGGGCCAGAGUUUACCCAUGGGGUGUGGCAGAAGUUGAAAAUUCAGAACACUGUGAUUUCGUUGCUCUUCGAAAUAUGCUGAUCAGAACUCACAUGCAAGAUCUAAAAGACGUAACAAAUGAUGUUCACUAUGAAAAUUUCCGCUGUAAACGACUCGCGACGGUGACCGUGGGCUCGCCUACAGUCACGAGCAAUAAAUCGCUGGGCUUAAGUCCUCUUGAGCAACUGGAAGAAGAAAAACACGAACGAGAGAGCAAAAUCAGUAAAACCGAAUCCGAAAUGGAACAAGUCUUCGAAACGAAGGUGAAGGAAAAGAGAAAAAAACUCAAGGAAAUGGAAGCAGAGUUUUCUAAGAAACACGAACAAAGCUGUCGUCAGCUCGAACUACAGCGACGAGAAUUGGACGAAAAGCGACAAAGAUUUACAAAAGACAAAGAGGUCUUCAUGGAGCACAAUCAAAAUUCUGCCAUCGACGGACACACGCCGAAUCAACACGCCAAGACAAUCGAUGGCCAUGGAAAAUUGGAUAAAAAGAAGAAGAAAGGAUUGUUUUAACGUCUUUAUAUAUCGAAGUGAAUGACAUUGUAUACAUUAAUACUCACUAACACCAUGCAAUAUGUUAAUUCUGCUUCGCUGCGGCGCAGAAACGAACAAGGCGCAAUGUCCAGUGGUAAAAUCCAAGAUGGCGCUGGAAAAUAAUUUGAAUAUUCUGUGUUUGUUGUUUGGACUGGAUAUUGAGGGCACCUUAUUUACGAAAUGAGAUUUCUAAGUUAUUAAAUGAUUUCUUGAUUAAUCUAUUAAAGUACCGUUGUAUUUCCACUGUACGUUCUAUGAGAAUGUAAACUUUUACGG